AUGCUGACCGAAUUCGACGAAACAUGUGGAUGCAUCGGUCUUCAGCUGAAUCUACAAAAGACGAUGUUCAUGCGGAACGGAUGGGUCUCGGAUGCCCCAUUCACGCUCAACGGAACGAACAUAUCCGAAUGCACCAGCUACGUUUAUCUGGGUCGGGAACUGAACAUGAUGAACGACCUGAUCCCCGAGCUGGGCAGGAGGAGACGAGCGGCUUGGGGAGCGUACAAGAGCAUCGAGGAUGUAGUGAAGAAGACCAGGAACACCCGGCUCCGUGCUCACCCCUUCAACACCACCGUACUUCCUGCUUUGACCUAUGCUUCGGAAACCUGGGCAUUUCGCAAGCAGGAAGAAAACGCGGUGAGCGUAAUUGAACGCGCAAUUGAGAGAGUGAUGCUAGGAGUAUCCCGUUUCACGCAAGUGAGGGACGGGAUUCGAAGUUCCCUCCUACGUCAGCGAUCGAUGAUUAGAGACGCCGCCGCGUUUGCCAAGGAAAGUAAAAUAAGGUGGGCCGGACACGUGAUGCGCUUUGAUGACAACCGUUGGACCAGAGCCGUGAGCGACUGGGUUCCCCGCGAUAUUAAGCGCACUACAGGAAGACCGCCGACCCGAUGGUCAGAUUUCUUCACGAAGUCUUUGAAAGAAAAAUAUGAUGCUCUUCGUGUCCCACGCGAAAGGAGGAACCACUGGGCUACUCUGGCACGCGAUCGGGACAAAUGGAAGAAUUACUGGCGCCCGCUCGACCAGUUCGAAGAUCAACGGGAGUCAAGUGGAUGUGGAAACCGCGAUGACAUCAUUCUGAUAACGCCUAUCAUCAGCCUGUCGGAACGAAUGCUGGCUAGAUUCAACAAAAAAGUGGAAGCUUUAGUAUUCAGGUACAUCUGUGAAAGACACGGUUGUGAGAAACCAGGUCGUCGUGGACUGGGCUCACUUUAUGUCUGGGCGAGCGGCAACGGCGGACUGGAAGAGGAUGAUUGUGCAAUGGACGGAUACGCUAGCAACAUGCACACGAUUACCUUUGGAGUAGCGACUUCAUCUGGAGCACCUGCUUGGUAUGCGGAAGGAUGUAGUGCUGUUAUGGCUGCCGUAAUCGAAGGACCUAGAACUUCGAACGGCAUGAUUUCCACUGACGUCGACAACAAAUGCUCUUCUUUUUCCGGAUCCUCCGCAGCAGCUCCGCUUGGUGCAGCCAUACUGGCGUUAGCUGUGGAAGCAAAUCCACUUUUGUCGCAGAGAGAUGUACAACACCUGGUCGUAUACACAAGUGAGAGCGAACAACUUGCGAGAGAGUCGCCAAUUCACUGGAUUACUAAUGGCGCUGGACAUCGUUUUUCACGGUACUUUGGGUUCGGUGUGCUUAAUGCUAACAAACUCAUCAAAGCCGCCGCGAAGUGGAAACGUGUGGAGCCGUUGUCGAGUUGUGCAAAGGAAGCAAGGAUUUCCAACAGCACAUUCUCUCCAAGCCGCCCCCUACUUCUUCACAUGCCGUUCGAGGGAUGCAAAGGAACGUCGGGCGAGGUGAAUUGGCUGGAACGACUGCAGAUUGACAUCACUGCUGCGCAUCCACGACGUGGAAUGCUCUCUCUGUUUCUCACCAGUCCUAGCGGAACAAGGAUCGAAGUGCUACAUCCGAGAAAGAACGACAACUCUCCGGAUGGUUUAUCUGAGUGGCCGUUCGUGAGCGUUGGUUACUGGCGUGAGAAUCCACAAGGAAUUUGGAAGCUUGAAGCUUUUUCAAUGAAUCAUCCAAAAAAUACCGAAGCUGAGGGACAUGUGCUCGCUGUAAAACUCACUGUUCACGGAACCAAAGAAGAUCCUUUGAAGAAUAAUGCAUUCAUCCAUUGA